GGUUUUUGACAAAAACAACGAUGGUCUGAUAUCAUCAACUGAACUUCGUCACGUGAUGACUAGUUUGGGUGAGAGGCUGUCGGAAGAAGAAGUUGAGGAUAUGAUAAAAGAGGCUGAUAUGGAUGGAGAUGGCCAAGUGAAUUAUGAAGAAUAUAUCAUGAAAUAUCACAAAAUAUUUCAAUGGAAAUGUGCGGGCUUAUAAUUCAAAAUUGACAGCGGACUUGGCAAGAAAAGGAUUUCAUUGACAACAUCACAGAUACUUCAGAGCAAGUCACUGAAAGGAAAGAAAUGAUCAAGUGAUAGAUUUAUUUAUUUAUUUCAUGCACUAUUCUACAGGGAGAAACAGAAUAGGGAGAAACAGUAGCACUUACAAAUAUGUACUUACAUAAUAUAAUUUGUGAAUCUAUA